AAAAUGGGGGGCAUUUUAGCAAACACUUUGCCUAACCUUAAUCUAACAAUGUCCUGACCUGCUACGUUAAUUAUCCAAAUCUUCUGCGUACUUUCUAACUUGCUACGAAAAGUCAAUUUUGACAAAAACAGUAUCCCUUCUAGCCAAAUCCUUGCCUUCCCGCGUCUGGGACAACUACUCUCAUUGUUAAACGGAGACACGGCCGUCUCAGUAUUUCUGACGACUAGCUUCCCGUUGCUGGCAGUUGAUAGCUAGCUUGGUUAUUAUUGUAUGCAAAUUAGUCUUGAGGGCAAAAUGGCUACAUCUUACAACAUGUACCAGUCAGAAACAACAUCGAUUAUGGCCGUUGUUGUCGAGGCGGCAAUUACAGAAAUUAACAAACUUUGGCCAAACUCUUACGCUAACGUUAGCAAUCCGGAGAGAGAGCUUUGCACAAUUAUGAAUCUGAUGAUGGAGGAGGCUAUUCGUAAAAUCUGCCAACUAUUCCUAGUGGCUUCCUCGAGUUUACAAAAUGAGAAUGUGAAACUGAAGACCAAGGUCGCGCAGAUGACCCAGUUGUUUGAAAACAAUACACAGCCUGGUAAAAGUCCUGCAAAGGUUUGCUGUAAAACCACAGAGAUGUCUUCAUUGGAGAAGGACUCUUCUUUGGGAGACACAGAUGAUCUGAAUACAGACUUCUCCCCAAGAGACACUGAAUCCAACUUUGAGCAUAUGAGAGCUGCUCUGCCUGAGGGCAAUGAGAGAGAAAGCCAGAAAAACAGCAAUACUACUAAAGGGACACGAUCCAAAGAAACCAAACACUUCAAGUGUGAUAUUUGUGAGAAGACCUUUAGCCGGAACAAACGGCUGGUACAACACAAGCUAACUCACACAAGACCCUUCAAGUGUGAUGUUUGUGACAAGACCUUCAGCAUGGAAGGGUCACUGGAAGCUCACACGCUAACUCACACAAGACCCUUCAAGUGUGAUGUUUGUGACAAGACCUUCAGCCGGAACCGCUUGCUGGUACGUCACAAGCUACUUCACACAGGAGAGAGGCCAUUCGCUUGUGGUCAAUGUGGCAAAACAUUCAGAAUGUCCAAGCAGCUCGAACAUCACAUGUUGCGUCACAGAGACAAAACGCUCAGUUGCAAAGUCUGUGGAAAUACAUUCUCUACCAAAAAAGAUCUGAAACGACAUCAGCUUGUUCAUGCAGUGGAGAGACCGUUCAAGUGCCUGACUUGUGACAAGGGUUUCACAUCAAGGAAACUGCUUAUCGAGCACGAGAGAAUCCACACCGGUGAAAAACCAUACAGCUGUUCUGUAUGUGGAAAGAGUUACACGCAGAGUGGUGGCCUGAGUUAUCAUAUGCGAACACAUACAGGUGAACGUCCACAUUCAUGCUCAGAGUGUGGUAAGCGCUUUAUGACUAAAUCCAGCCUUGAAAGACACAAGGUAAUCCAUACCGGGCAGAAGCCAUUUACAUGUGAGACCUGUGGAGCUGCUUUCGGCCAUAAAGGAAACCUUGUGAGACACCAAGUGCUUCACACAGGGGAGAGACCAUACAAAUGUAAAUUGUGUGGGACAAGCUACCUUCAGUCCACCCUCUUAAAAGCUCACAUGCAUCGUCAUGGGGCAACCAAACCAUUUAUGUGUGACCUAUGUGGGAAGACUUUUAUGUACAAUUUUCUAAUGAGACGACACCAUCUAAAAUGGCACACAGCUGAAGGAGAAAAGCAGAAAGAACAAGAGAGAAAAGAGAGAACCGCCAAGAGACCGGGAACCUCAACAAAGCCAUUCAGUUGCGACAUAUGUUUGAACGGCUUCAGCUCCAUGCUAACUCUGAAAAACCAUCAACGAAUUCACACAGGACUAAAGCAAUAUUCUUGUUCCAUUUGUGGAAAGACCUUUGCCUAUAAAAAUACUUUUGACUAUCACAUGAGACUUCACAGUGGGGUGAAGCCCUACGCUUGUAAAUACUGUGAAAAGAAAUUUGUUCUUAAGCAAGCUCUAGAAGGACAUGAGCGAACCCAUACAGGUGAAAAGCCCUUCAAAUGCAGUUAUUGUGAUAAGACUUUCUCAGUCGGCACCAAUCUCAAAAGGCAUGAGCGAGUCCACACGGGAGAGAAGCCAUUCAAAUGUGACGUCUGCGGGAGAGGUUUCGGCCAAGCCAACAACGUCAAAGCCCACAUGCAAGUCCACACCGGAGUUAGGCCUUAUUAUUGCAAGAGAUGUGGAAAGGGCUUUUCUGACAUAAGACACUACAAAAACCAUAGCUGUAAUGGUGUGGCAGCAACACAUGAUCGGUCUCGUAAAUCUUCAGACCGCUCUUUCAGAAAUAAGAAAGGAGGUGAAGACAGUAGUGCUUGCCUUAAUGCUGCUGUAAUGUAGACUCAGUGAUAUAAUCUUGAUCAUUCACAGUGGGGCAACUUCCUGCUUUCAGACAUCAGGAACAACAUGGAUGUAUUCAGCAGGGUUAAAAGUUCUGGGGUGAGUUUGAAGAAAGCCUUGUAGGAAAUGAGAUGCAGGCUGCCAUAAUGCUUGGAAACUUUAUGGUCAAUGUUCAUUCUCAUGGAGACAUUGUUUAUUUCUGACAGUGUGCCGAAUUGGUUCCAAUAUAUUAUUUUUUCUAUUGUGUAAAUCAUAAAAAAUGUAAAUCGUGUGAAAGUAUCAAGCUAGGUAUUCACCUUUUGUCCGUCAGCUACAUAGGACCACUGGGUGAGUUAUUCAGGUGACUAAUUGGGCAGGAAUUUAAGGAAUUCUUGUUUUUAUACUUUAUGUAAAAAAUGAUUUGCAUUUACACGGAGGCCAGUGUAUUAGGUACACCCAUCUAGUACCGGGUCAACCCCCUUUUUUGGUGCCAGAACAGCCUGAAUUCUCCGGGUCAUUGAAACAUUGCUCAAUUGGUAUCAAGGGACCUAACGUGUGCUCGGAAAACAGUCCCCACACUGUUACCACCAGCCUGUACCGUUGACACCUGGCAGGAUGGCGCCAUGCUUACGCCAAAUCCUGACUACCAACAGCAUGACGGAACAAGAACUGUCAUUCGUCCCACCAGGCAAUGUUUUUCCACUCCUCAGUUGUCCAGUGUUGGUGAUCGUGUGCCCAUUGGAGCCACUUAUUUUACACUGCUCAAAAAAAUAAAGGGAACACUUAAACAACACAAUGUAACUCCAAGUCAAUCACACUUCUGUGAAAUCAAACUGUCCACUUAGGAAGCAACACUGAUUGACAAUAAAUUUCACAUGCUGUUGUGCAAAUGGAAUAGACAAAAGGUGGAAAUUAUAGGCAAUUAGCAAGACACCCCCCAAAACAGGAGUGAUUCUGCAGGUAGUGACCACAGACCACUUCUCAGUUCCUAUGCUUCCUGGCUGAUGUUUUGGUCACUUUUGAAUGCUGGCGGUGCUCUCACUCUAGUGGUAGCAUGAGACGGAGUCUACAACCCACACAAGUGGCUCAGGUAGUGCAGUUCAUCCAGGAUUGCACAUCAAUGCGAACUGCGGCAAAAAGGUUUGCUGUGUCUGUCAGCGUAGUGUCCAGAGCAUGCAGGCGCUACCAGGAGACAGGUCAGUACAUCAGGAGACGUGGAGGAGGCCGUAGGAGGGCAACAACCCAGC